AGAAGAAGAGGAAGAGGUGACCAGCUGAGGCCUGAGGGAGGGGCGGCGGCAGGCACGACUUCACUUCAGUUAUGGGUAUGGCGGGUAUUUGUGGUCGAGGUGCCUCACAACCGCUGCCGAGAUGCUGAGCCACCUGACUGAUAGCUUAUCUCAGUGGACCAGAUGAAGGAAGGCAGGUUUGGUUUGAUCUGAGCCACACGUGAGACCUGCAUCCAGUAACUACGUAAAGGAAGCAUGGCCGCAGAACAGCCCAGCACCCAGCGAUGGACGGCUGUCGUCCUCACCUGUGCCCUGGAGAGCCUACAGGAGGGCUUGGAGGAAGAGUGCCACAGACUGUCAACUGGUGGGCUGCUACCAGACCAUGACCUGCUGGUGGUGGCAGUGGACCCUGUGCAGCCUGGGGACCAUCAGAAGGGCAAGCCGGGCCCUGGUGUUGGCAGUGGGGGUGCCACAAUCAAUGCUGUGUUUGUGGCAAUAGAGAGACUGUCAGCCCAGCUCCAACACACUACUGUCACCACUGAGCUGGUCUAUAACAGCCGCAUCCUUGUGGUACACGUGGGCCGCAUGUUGCCGCACUGCCCCGGCGGUGCUGCUCUCCUGCGUGUUGCCCCCCAGCAGACCUUUGUGCCUCCCCAUGUGCAGGUCACACCCCCAACCCUCCUGCAGCACACACUGUGGGCGGCCACCAAGCUGAGUGAAAAAACUCCCAGUGGUGUGUGGGUCACAUCUUUGGACACAUUCUUGCCAUGUUCCUCUGAUGUGGUUUGCCCCAUCCCUGCCCCCGGGCCUGAUGCCGGGGCUGUGGUGUGCACGGUUCAGGCGCCCCUUGAGUUGGCAGCUCAGCAUGGGGUAGUUCUCAAGGGGGACAGUCAGCAUAUUAACAAUAUGGUCUACAGAAUGCCCUUGGAAGACCUGAAGAAGACUUUCAAGGAUGCAACUGCCAGUGUAAUAUCUGGUGCAGUGUACCUGAGUCCAGCCCUCACCGAGACACUGCUGGGGCUGCACACUCUGCCGCCCCUUGACCGCUGCACCUACUAUGGCAUGGACAGUGGUGUGCCUUCCCUGCAGGUGUCGCUAUACUUUGACUUGCUGCUGCCACUGUGUAGUGAUGUCAGCUAUGAGAAGUAUGUGAAUGGCCACUGUGGGGCCACCUAUGCUCAGGCAGAAAGCUACUCUACUCUGUACCACCAGGAGUCACACUUGGCAAGGCUCCAGAUAUGGAAACAGCUGCAAGGGUUCACCAAGGCUCUUGCUUGGCCACUUGGAAAAGUGAAGCAUCACUAUUUGGCAAAGAACCUGCCAUACAAAGAUUCAGUUUUGCCUCUGCUGCCCCCUGUCAGUAUCUCUUAUGGUGAUGAAUCGAAGGAUGACAGCUCAAACAUUGUUACCAUAAAUGCACUGCUCAGUGGGAGCAUUACAACCUCCGAAGAAAAGGUUUACAUCCUUGACUCUUGGCUCGGCAAAGAUGUCUCCCUGACCUUAGCUGGUCCAUGCUUCUUGAAUGGCCUGCAGCUACAUAAUUGUACUGCCUCCCUGACACUUCCAGGCGGGUGUAUGUGGCAGCAGUUUGCAGGAGCACACCAUGACGUGGUGACCUGCUACGGCUGGACAGACAGCAUAACACAGCUGCAUGAAGAAGCCACAGCAACAAUAUUUAACACCAACUGGUCAGUUUUCUUUGCCAAAACUGGAAUAGUUAAAGAAGAGUUGUGGGGAAAUCCAGGUGAGGUUCAGGACCUUGUAUCUGCAAAAUUGUUUGUUCCUGAUCUAUCAGUUGUAGAACAAAUGAGAAUGCUCUCAGCCUUGGUCAGAACUGUAUGUGAUGGUGAACAGGAAGAAUGGAAGUCCAAAAUACAUAUGUGGAGGGCUUCCUCCAGAGUUUCACUGACUGAAGUCAUGUUCAGCUGUGAUGUGAAGAAAGUAAUCAGGACAAGAGAAGUUAUUUUCCUGGAAUGCUUCAAGGAGUUCUUGGUCCGGACAGCUGAUGACCUGGGAGGAAUGUCUCUUAUUCCUUUGUUCCAGUACUUUGUGACAAGGGGUCUUGGGUCUACCAAAGAGGUACUUCACAUGCUACACAUGCUGCUGCAGCUCCCCCGACCCUCCACCUCUCGGCUCUUCUGCAACAUGGCUGACCUGCUGGGGUGCCUGGCGCAGGGAAAGGGUGGCCUGAGGAGUGGCCCUGCUGCCAACCCCCAGUGGAGGAAUGCUCUCUUGAGCCUCAAAGAGGGACGGCAAAAGGAGGCAGUGCUACAAAUGGAGGCUGUGUGUGAGGAAUGGAUCAACUCUGCCCGGCCUGAGAACAUGAUCCGAGCCGCCAGGCAUUACGAGAGAGCAUCACAGAUCAUCAUCAGCCAGCAGGUGGAGACGGCCCAGGUGAACGUAUCCCCGAUGUGGGUGUGUCCUGAGGCGCGGCGGCAGGUGGGUGUCGGGGUGUGGGUGGAGGCUCGCUCACCCGCCCGCCUUGACCUGGCUGGAGGGUGGUCAGACACACCGCCCAUUUGUUACGAGCAGGGAGGAGCUGUGCUGAACGUUGCUAUAAAGAUUAACAAUGCAAAGCCCAUUGGCGCAAGGGUGCGGUUCAUCCCCGAGCUGCAAGUGGUGUGUGUGCUGCGGGACUGCUCCGGGGCUGAUGUGCGGCUCACCUGGACAGAGCUGGACCACCUGAGGGACUAUGACAACCCUGUGUCCCCUGGUGCCCUGGUGAAGGCCGUGCUGCUGUACUGUCGGGUGGUGGACCUCGCACUGCCUGACUCUCUGGCGACGCAGCUCAAGGAAAAUUAUGGUGCUGGAUUGGAAGUGGAGGUGUGGUCCAACUUGCCACAGGGGUCGGGUCUUGGGGGCAGCAGCCUCCUGGCCGGCACAUUGCUGGCAGCCCUGGUGGUGCUGCUUGGGUUCCCUCCCCCGCACCCCAGCCACCUCGUGCAUGCCACCCUCUGUGUGGAGCAGUGGCUCACCACAGGUGGCGGUUGGCAGGACCAGGUUGGUGGACUGAUAGGAGGAGCAAAACUGGGUGUUAGUCACAGAGGAACACCACUCUCUGUCACCAGCUACCACAUACCCAUGUCACAGCAGUUCCUGGAGGCUCUAAAUAGUCAGCUUCUCCUGAUCUAUACUGGCAAGGUCCGCCUGGCCCGUAACCUGCUGCAGACCGUGAUUCGCAACUGGUACGCCUGCGACCCCACUAUCACCUCCUGCUUUGCUGAGCUGCAGCGGCUGGCACUGCAGGCCGCCAAGACCAUGCUGGACAGUAACCUCGAGGGUCUGGGAGGCAGUAUCAGCAGCUAUUGGAAACUCAAGAAAAUGGUUGCAUCUGGUUGUGAGCCAAGCAUGGUGACCAAGCUGAUGGCCUCCCUACAAGACCACUGCUACGGGAUGUCCCUGGCCGGGGCCGGGGGUGGAGGCUACCUCUACGCCCUCAAGGCCAACAGUGCACCCCUGGACCAACAAGUGUGUCUGGAUGGACUCACCUGUGAUGCAGUGGAGGUGGACCCAGACGGUUUGGAGAUUUGGGUUGGGGGAGAGAAUGUGUGUGACAAGAGCGUGGUGGAGGACACACUGACGCACGCACAAUGGAAUGAGCUGUUACAAAGAUGCAGUUAGGCAAGGCGGCAUGAUUUAUCUCCUGGUGCCUUACAUGUGAUAACACUGUGAUUCCAUGAGUGCAAUGCAUUCAUGGAAAAAUAUUGCACCUAACUGCUGGUCAGAUGUAAUUUUUUAACAUUUCAGAAAGUUAUAGUUUUAUUUUUGUUAAGUUUUAUACUAUUUAGAAGCAAUAGCUUUUUCUGCUAAACAAAUGAGUGGGAAGAGAGAACCCUUCUUGAACCUAAUAAACUGUGACAGCAAAUAAAACAAACUGUACGAUGACCAAGUCAGUCUUACGUGUAGUCCCCGCAAACAAAUAUGAACAUAUUGAAAGGAGGGCAUGAAAGGCAGUCUUUAAUGUUUGAAUUUAACAUCAGGUGGUGAUAAGAGGCCAUGAGUAGGCUCUGUACAGGAGAAUACAGCCAUAAAGAUCCUCCUGUAUACCCAUUACCCAGCUGCCAGACAGUAUAAUCUUAGUAAAAUUGUUUAUUUACUGUAUGCAAUGUCAAGACUUUACUCUUAAAUUAAAAUUACUUGAUAUAAAGUUUGUAUUUAUGUAAAUAAACUUCAUUAAUUUGAACAAUUUUGUAUAAUAAAAUAUAUUCAUAUAC